AUGAGCAGUGGGAAACAUUUGAAAGACUUCGAGCAAUAUCUAGAUCCCGAGUUCAGAGCUUCACAAGCUUGUUUUGAGCUCUUGAAAGGCUCACAUAUCGAUCCUGACUCUAACGAAUUGGAUUUACUUACAUCGAUUAAGAAGGUAAGGUACGCGUUGGAUGAAGUGAACAAAAGAAGCGAGAAUGUGAUACGGGCCAAUCCGUUGCACUUGAUCGAUACCUUUGACAAUCGAAACUUAGCUCGGAUCAAGACUCGCGAAUCUUUGGGUCCUAAUAUUGAAUAUUUGAAAAUGUCUUAUAGCAGACUCGAUAAAGAUGUUCUUGAGCCUUAUGAAGAAUGCUUACAACUGCAAUCGGCAUUGAGUAAAAUUCACCAAACUUCGAGCAUUUUGAGAGACGUGCUCACCUUUCUGCAUUUGCUUAAACAGCUGGGUAAUACGGACCCAUCGGCACUGAAAAACGAAACCAAUCUCUCGGAUCAGACACUAUUGACACUGGCUUCGGCCCACGCUCAAAUCCAAACGGCUUUAUUCUCCAAUCCAAAUCUGAGGGCCUUGAGGUUUGUUAAAAAAUACGAAACAGAGACCCUAACACCAAGCCGUCGUGAGACGCUUAAAGUAAUGUCCGAAUCGUUAAUACAGACUUAUUCCGGUGAAAUGAAAUCCCAGUCAAAGCUAGAAAGUGCUAGUCGACUUUUACCAGCUCUCUAUGAGCUAUCACCCAAAGACUUCGUCAGUGUGAUGGACAAGAUUUUAUUAUCCAGAAUUAAUUCCAGCGCUCAAGCAUUGACAAAAACCAUAACAUCUAUCAAGAUCAUUCCCACGGCGUUGGAGAGCACUGUCAGAAACGCCCAGAACGUUUCACUCUUGGAGAACACGCUCCGCGCCACAACCAUCGAUACUGUCAGCCUCUUUAGCGAGUACAUUUCGCACAAGAAGCACGAUUCUUUAAUUGAUAUGUUCUGGAACCGUGUUUCUAAAGCAUUCAGAAAGGAUUUCGAGACUUCAUUCACCCGAGGCGGUCCUGUGGGCAAAGCUCUCGCAUCCAAUUCUGCUGUUAUAAUGCAAAGUAUACGGCAAACUUUGAACACAGAUCCAGUAAUAGCUAGUUGUGGUCUUGAGAAGAUGCUUGACUCGGUAUCCAUUCUGAACAAACAAAGUUCAAAAUAA